UAGAAAAUACCUGACUUUAGCGACCUGACUCUGAAAAUAAACUUCACGCGCCACCACGCUCCUCCACGCCGGAGUCUUCACAUCCAUCAAAUCAGUCGAAUCCUCCCCACGCCUUCAGAGAACAACACGAGCAAACAACAAUAGAGCAACGAAACGCGACUCCGGUGCUGUGAGAGCCACCGGAAUCGACCACCGUCAAAACCUAGAUCUACUUCCUCUCACCUUCGUCUCUCUAGAGAACAAAGAGAGAGAGAGUUUUACUUAACUAGGAUUGUUCACUUCAAUAAAAAAAAAAGUUCCGGUUUUAAUGUAAUUUAACGUUUUUUGUGACGACCACGAAGCUUUUUUGGGUCAGAUGUUCUAACAAGAGCAAGAUAUGUUUCGCUUACUAUGAUAUUAUAUAUUUUUGUUCUAAUUUUUUUAUGAAUCUGUUUUUGAAAGGUUUUUCUUCAAAAAGUUCAAUAUUAAGUAUAAUUAGACCCAACCUAUAUAUUAGUCUUUUUUUGGUUUUAUAUCCGAAAUGAAAUUGGGAUUACUUAUUUAUUAUAAUAGUAAUAAUUUUCGUUUGUAAUAGUUUUAGUUUUUGUAGGGUCGCAUACAUUUUGCUUGGGGGUGUCUUCAACUAAAUUUGAUGGGAAUUUUAAUUAACGGUAUAUUCAACUAGUCUAACAUAUAUAUGCUAUUUACUGAGCCUGAAUUUUAUGGGAACAAGUUAGUCUUCAAAUGUAGAACAGUUAUACGUUUGGAACGUGUGCUAUCCAUCAUCAAAUGAAGUUAGUCUUCAUACUGAUGAUGCCAAAAGAAUAGCUCACCCAAAAAAUUAGUAGUAAAGCAAUUAAACAACAAGUUAGAACUUAGCAAAAAAAAAACAACAAGUUAGAUGUUUAUUUCUAUAACAUUAAUGUAUUUUAUCGGUUUGAGAAUUUUUUUAAUAAGAUAUUUUUGCUUUUUUUACCUAGAAAAGAUUGACAAAAAAAAAAUAGAAACGAAAAUUUAUGUUCAGGACAGGUGUAAUAAUAGAUCAGGGAGAUGACAACACGUAAUGAUCGUAGAAGAGAUUAGACCCCAAAGUUCAUGGGAUUAGAUAGACUGAAACACUCCUGACUCCUCCUUUUGAGGUUUUCACUUUGCAUUUAUUAAUCUUUGUUCUCUAAAUGCAAAUCAAUUCCCUGUAAAUCUAUAAAUACUCAGAAUUUAUUAUUGCACAGCAGAAAAAAAAUUAAAUUCCUAUUUUUGCUAUAAAUUAACAAUCUCAUUUAAUGUCCACGAGAUUCGCGUUCAGACAAUGCUGAUAUUUCUUAUCACACAAAAAUUAUUUUCAUUAUAAAUUUAUCAGAACUUAUACCAUAACUUAAAAAGACGUACUCAGUAGCCUAUGUGGAUAACUUAUUCGUUUGAGUUAUGUAAAGGACACUACAGAGAAAUAUAUACAUUUCUCCAGCUGCUGCAAAGAGUUUCGUUCAAAUUAUAACGGUCUACACCAUAUUGCCCGAUUCAAAGAGACAAUUACAGAAGUAAAACUAUUAAAAACGUAAGAGAUAAAUUUAAAAAUAAAAAUGUAUUAAUAAAAAGAAGAGAACACAAUAAAAACCCUAAUCAUUUUAUAACUUAACGUGUCAAAUGACAAAGGGUCAUAAUCAGUAUACAGAGAAAAAAGAAUGUCGAUGAAAGAUAAAAAAAGCUUGACUUGUUUAGUCACAACUGUCAAUUUUCCAGCAAGACACAUAUCUUCUUUAUAUAAUACUUACAUAUACAUACGUACUUUAUUGCAAUAAACAGAUAUAUAAAAUAAGAAUAUUUCAAAAAGUUUUAAUUUAUUUUCUAGAUUCUUUACUGUUGUAUAUAUAGAAGCUGCUCGAAUGGUCAUUUUAACAAUAAAGCAACCUCCUCAAAAAAAGAGUAAAGAAAGAGAAUAUGGAUCCUGAAGGUUUCACGAGUGGCUUAUUCCGAUGGAACCCAACGAGAGCAAUGGUUCAACAACCACCACCUCCGGUUCCUCCUCCACCGCAGCAACAACCACCCGCAACACCGCAGACGGCAGCGUUUGGAAUGAGACUAGGUGGGUUGGAGGGUUUGUUCGGUCCUUACGGUGUACGUUUUUACACGGCGGCGAAGAUAGCCGAGCUUGGUUUCACGGCGAGCACGCUUGUGGGCAUGAAGGACGAGGAGCUUGAGGAUAUGAUGAAUAGCCUCUCUCAUAUCUUUCGUUGGGAGCUCCUCGUGGGUGAACGGUACGGUGUCAAAGCCGCCGUGAGAGCUGAACGGAGACGGUUGCUAGAAGAGGAAGAGGAGGAGUCUUCUAGACGCCGUCAUUUGCUACUCUCCGCCGCAGGUGAUUCCGGCACUCAUCACGCUCUUGAUGCUCUCUCUCAAGAAGAUGAUUGGACAGGGUUAUCAGAGGAGCCAGUGCAUCAGCUAGAACAUACCGAUGCGGCGGGGAACAACGGCGGAGGAGGAGGCUAUUGGGACGCAGGGCAGGCAAAGAUGAAGAAGCCACAGCAAAGACGCAGAAAGAAACAGAUGGUGACGUCAGUGGAAACCGAUGAUGACAUGAACGAAGGUGAUGAUGACGAUGACGGUAACGGAGGAGGAGGUGGUGGUGUGUUGGGGAUUGAGAGACAGAGAGAGCAUCCGUUCAUCGUAACGGAGCCAGGGGAAGUUGCACGUGGCAAAAAGAACGGUUUGGAUUAUCUUUUCCACUUGUACGAACAGUGUCGCGAGUUUCUUAUUCAGGUUCAGACCAUUGCUAAAGACCGUGGCGAAAAAUGCCCCACCAAGGUGACGAACCAAGUAUUCAGAUACGCCAAGAAGUCCGGAGCGAGUUACAUAAACAAGCCGAAGAUGCGACACUACGUUCAUUGCUACGCACUCCACUGCCUAGACGAAGAAGCUUCAAACGCUCUACGAAGAGCGUUUAAAGAACGCGGCGAGAACGUUGGGUCGUGGCGUCAGGCAUGUUACAAGCCGCUAGUGAACAUAGCUUGUCGUCAUGGCUGGGACAUAGACGCAGUUUUCAACGCUCACCCUCGUCUCUCCAUUUGGUAUGUCCCCACUAAGCUGCGUCAGCUCUGCCAUUUGGAGCGGAGCAAUGCGGUUGCUGCGGCUUCAGCUUUGGUUGGGAACGGUAUUAGCUGCACUGGAUCGUCCGCGUCUGGCGGUUUGGGGUUUAAUUAGUUGGGUUAUUGUUUGUUUGUUUAGUUUCUUGUUCGUUUUCUUAGUUAAUUAUUAGGCUCUAGUUUUUACUCGUUUUGGCUGGGCUUGUUCGUUUUUUUUUUCCGAAUUAUUAUAAAAAAGUUACAAUGAAACGCAAAAUCAGUCGAGAUAAGAAUGAAUCAUUACACUAACUUAUAAAAUUAAAAUCUAAAUAAUAAAUGGAAGUAGAAUCUGCUGGAAAAGGAGAGAAUGGUGCACUGGACACACUUAAAUGAAGUAGAAUCUGGAAUUGAGUUCCUGUUUGUCAAUAAAAUGUUGUGCUUGCUUCUUCUGA